UAUUGAUUGCAAUUCUCACUCUUACAGGAAAUGAGAGAUGCUGCAGGCGAAGAAGAGGAAGAGUUAGCGAGGGAGAUGGCCGAAGCCUUUUUGACUGAAGACCUACCGGAAAAUAUUUUUGGUGCACCCAAGGCAGGCAGCGGUAUGUGGGCCUCCUUAGUGCGGAUAUUGGAUCCAGUUGAAGGAAAAACGGAGCAAGUAAUCAGAUUUGCUCAGAAUGAGGCUGUUGUUAGUAUUGCCCUGUGUAAAUUUAGUGUAAGCGGAGACCAGCAGUAUGUUGUACUGGGAGUUGCCAAAGAUUUACAAUUGAAUCCUCGGCAGUGUGAUAGCGGCUUCCUCUACACUUACAGGUUAGUUCUCGUCCUAUUCAGUGCUCUAUUGUCUUCACAUUUGAAACAAAUGUCUGAUUAG